GCUUCCUCCUCCUUCCCCAACUUGCCUCCAAUUCCAAGUUCCAACCCUCCACCUCCCUAUAUAACACAGCUCUUCCCACCCCGUCAAAUCCCACGACUCAAAACCACCAAAACUCACCAAGCAAAGCACCAGCGAGGAAGAACAAGAAGGAAGGUGAAGAGAAGCCGCGUUUUGUUUCUCGCGAAAGUGUUUGUUGAUAUGGCGAUGGAGGGGAAGAGCAGGAGGUUCGCGGUGGCGUGCGGGGUGCUCAGCCAGUACGUGAGGGCGGAGCAGAAGAUGGCGGCGGCGGCGGGGGCGGCACCGGCGAGGGCGGUGACGACGCUGAGCCUGAUGCCUGGGGCGGAGGUGGUCGUCGAGGAGGAGGAGCGGAGGGAGGUUGGGGAGGAGGAGGCGGGGCCAGCGACGGCGCCGGCCGCGCCGCUGACCAUCUUCUACGGUGGGAGGAUGGUCGUCUUCGAGGACUUCCCCGCGGACAAGGCGGCGGAGGUGAUGCGCAUGGCCUCCUCCGGGAUGGCGGCGGCGCCGGCUCAGCGGGAGGGCGCCGCGCUCGCGGACAUGCCCAUCAUGAGGAAGGCGUCGCUGCAGCGGUUCUUCGCCAAGCGCAAGGACCGCCUCGCGGCGACCACCCCCUACGCCCGCCCGUCGCCGGCGGAGACCAAGGCCUCCGAGCCGGAGGAGAAGAAGACGCCCACCUCAUGGCUGGACCUCGCCGCCUCCGCCUCCGCCGCCGCGCGCCGUGACAGCCUCACCAUCGCGCUGUGAUCUGCGCGGCUUUGACCAAAAACGACUUAAGACGCGCGCGCGCUCUCAGCGCGCAAGAGGAUUGAUUCACUUUGCUCAUACCCAUGGCGACGUAGAGUUUUUACCGCUUUUGCUAUACUUCUUUGUAAAAUUCGAUAGGGAGAUUGAAUUGAUGGGAAACCCCUUGUGCCUGUUCUUUUUUGUCCCACUGUAUCAAAUAUUCUUUCCUGUGCAAAUUAAGCCAACUUUUUAGUUGUUACCUCAACAAAAAAAA